AUGGCCCCCGUCCCUCGCGUCUACUCCAAGACCUACAAGGUCCCUCGUCGUCCUUUCGAGUCGGCUCGUCUUGACUCGGAACUGAAGGUUGUCGGCGAGUACGGCCUGCGCAACAAGCGUGAGGUGUGGCGUGUCCAGCUUACCCUGUCCAAGAUUCGUCGUGCUGCUCGUGAGCUGCUCACCCUCGACGAGAAGGACCCCAAGCGUCUUUUCGAAGGUAACGCUUUGAUUCGCCGUCUGGUCCGCAUCGGUGUGCUCGAUGAGUCCCGCAUGAAGCUCGAUUACGUCCUUGCCCUUCGUGUCGAGGACUUCUUGGAGCGUCGUCUCCAGACCUGCGUGUACAAGCUUGGUCUCGCCAAGUCUAUCCACCACGCCCGUGUCCUGAUCAAGCAGCGCCACAUCCGUGUUGGCAAGCAGAUCGUCAACGUCCCCUCCUACAUGGUCCGCCUCGACUCCCAGAAGCACAUCGACUUCUCUCUCACCUCUCCCUUUGGUGGUGGCCGCCCCGGUCGUGUCCAGCGCAAGAAGGCUGCCGCCGCUGCUGGCGGUGGUGAUGACGAGGCUGAGGAGGACGAGGAGUAG